CACACAAAUUUUUAAUAAAAAUAUGAUAUUGAAUUUUCUCUGGUUUUCGCUAUAUGUACAGGUUAACAGAAUUGUAGCAGAAAGGCCUAAAAUAUCAAUCUCCCAGAGAGAAAAAGAGAAAGAAAAAAGAAAAAAAAAAGGUUCAGAUUUCUUCGCCGGUAAAAAACCCGGAGGCGUUUCUCCGGCGAGGCGUUAGGGUGUAGCUUCCAAGUAGCAUGAAAAGUCAUCGUCGUCAUCGAAAAGUUGCGACGGUGAAGAAUGAUUAUAAGCAACUAGAUCGAUUUGAGUCAGGUGAAGGAGAUAAGAUGAAGAAGCAAAGAUUUAAGAGGAAAUUGUUGAGGUACGAAGAGUUACCGGAUUAUUUGAAAGAUAACGAGUUCAUCUUGAAUUAUUACCGAUGCGAAUGGCCAUUGAAGGACAUUUUAUUAAGCGUUUUCUCAUUGCACAACGAAACGAUAAAUAUCUGGACGCAUUUGGCAGGGUUUUUAAUAUUCGUUGGAUUAACGGUGUUCAGUUCCAUGGAGGAUUUUGGAGAUGGAAGUUUGAUCACCAGUUUUUCCAAAGCUCAAGUAUCAGGACCGUUGAUGAUGAUGAUGAAUGAUGUAAACGCCUCUGAUAACAAGCAUAGCAUCUUCCAGGGUUCAGAGUUGAGGCACAUUCCUCAGUUGGACUUGAAGAAAGACGGGUAUAACGCAAUUCCAAAGUGGCCCUGGUUUGUUUUCUUGUCUGGUGCAAUGGGGUGCUUGGUUUGCAGCUCGGUCUCACACCUCUUUGCUUGCCACUCCAGACGCUUUAGCCUCUUCUUCUGGCGCCUAGACUAUGCAGGCAUCUCUCUCAUGAUAGUCUGCUCCUUCUUUGCUCCCGUGUACUACGCUUUCUUCUGCCAUCCGUAUUCAUGCUUUUUCUAUCUUACUUCCAUAUCGGUGCUCGGAGUCCUUGCCAUCAUCACUCUGUUAUCACCAACUCUCUCAGCAUCCCGUUUCCGAUCUUUUCGAGCUUCCUUGUUCCUUGCAAUGGGCUUCUCAGGGGUGAUCCCAGCAGCACAUGCAGUUUCUUUGCACUGGGGCCAUCCGCAUAUAUUUGUAUCUCUCGGUUAUGAGCUCGUGAUGGCGUUCCUAUACGCUGCAGGCGCUGCGGUUUAUACCAGCAGAAUACCGGAGCGGUGGAAGCCUGGUGCAUUUGAUAUUGCAGGGCACAGCCACCAGAUCUUUCAUGUGUUUGUUGUUCUCGCGGCACUUGCUCAUUGUGUUGCUACCCUUGUGAUUAUGGAUUUUCGUCGGGAAUCUGCAACCUGUGCGUAUUAGCAUUCUACUGUUAGGUAAACAAUGUUUUGAUGAUCAGGGGGAUUUCCUAGUUCUCCCAGUUUUUGGCUUAUUAAAUUCUAUCACUUCCAACAACAUUUUCCUUAACAAA